ACACACACACACACACACACACACACACGCACACACACACCCCUCCCACCACAAGUGCCGCUGUCAGUAUCGAGGAAGGAGAGGCGUGUUUUCUCCGUCAAACUCCACAAGUGCCGCUGUCAGCUGUUGAGGGAACGUGUGCACGUGUUCGCUGUUCCCAAAGUUGCUUGAUAACGGAUACUUUUACCUUGAUGCAAGUCCAUCACUACACUUUAAUCGAAACAGGAUUUGUUGAGAUUUUAAGUCUGACUAUUUCACCACGUCUUAAACCUGAAGGAAAUGACUGAGAACUCUGUCGUCCACCGCGGCAAAGUGCUAACGCUGGGCACCAUGAACCCCAGCGUGAAGCGCGUGGAGUACGCAGUGCGCGGACCGAUAGUACAAAGGGCCGUCCAGCUCGAGCAGGAGCUCAAACAGGGAAUACAGAAGCCAUUCACUGAAGUCAUCAAGGCCAACAUCGGAGACUGCCAUGCUAUGGGGCAACAACCCAUCACGUUUUUCAGACAGGUGUUGGCUCUUUGUUGUUACCCUGAUCUCCUGGAAGACAACAGAUUUCCAGAGGACACGAAGACCAGAGCACGACGCAUCCUUCAAGCCUGUGGAGGAGGGAGCCUGGGAUCAUACAGUGCCAGCCAAGGCAUUGAGAUCGUCCGGCAAGAUGUGGCACGCUACAUUGAAAAGAGAGAUGGUGGUAUCCCAUGCAACCCUGACAACAUCUACCUGACAACCGGAGCCAGCGAUGGCAUUACGACCAUGCUGAAGCUACUGGUGUCUGGUGAAGGUUCUUCUCGUACAGGAGUGAUGAUUUCCAUCCCUCAGUACCCCCUUUACUCUGCUGCUCUGGCAGAGUUAUCAGCCGUGCAGAUCAGCUACUACCUAGAUGAGGAGAACUGCUGGAGCUUGGCUGUUGGUGAACUACAGCACGCCCUGGAGGCAGCCAGACAGUACUGCAGGCCGCGGGUCCUUUGCAUCAUCAACCCUGGCAACCCCACAGGUCAGGUGCAGAGCAGACAGUGCAUAGAGGAUGUGAUCAAGUUCGCAGCUGAACAAAACCUGUUUCUAAUGGCCGACGAGGUGUACCAGGAUAACGUGUAUGCAGAUGGUUGUAGGUUUCACUCCUUUAAGAAGGUGCUGUUUGAGAUGGGUUCCAAAUAUUCAGACCAAGUGGAGCUGGUGUCCUUCCACUCCACCUCCAAGUGCUACAUGGGAGAGUGUGGUUUCCGUGCCGGUUACAUGGAGGUGGUGAACAUGGACCCUGAGGUCAAGGUCCAGCUCACCAAGCUGGUGUCUGUGCGGCUGUGUCCCCCUGUGCCCGGACAGGUCCUCCUUGACCUGGUGGUCAAUCCGCCCCUACCAGAGGAACCAUCCUACAGAACCUUCUUUGAGGAGCGCUCAGCCACGCUUGCCAUGCUGGCUGAGAAGGCGCGGAUGACGCAGCAGAUCCUGAAUGAGGUGCCAGGCAUAACGUGCAACCCAGUGCAGGGAGCCAUGUACACCUUCCCACGCAUACAGCUUCCUCCUAAAGCUAUUGCACAAGCCAAGGAGAAGGGACAGGCCCCUGAUAUGUUCUACUGCAUGAAACUGCUUGAAGAGACAGGCAUCUGUCUAGUUCCAGGCAGUGGCUUCGGACAGAGAGACGGGACCUACCACUUCAGAAUGACCAUCCUACCACCUACAGACAAACUGAAGAUAGUUCUGGCUAAAAUAAAGGAAUUUCAUCAGAGUUUUACAGAGCAGUAUUCGUAGCCAUGCCUCCACACAGACGCUGCUAGUGAGCUGGACAUGAAGGGUGACUUCAGGAAGUGUCCUAAGGAAACUCGACUUAUCAGCAUUAAUGGCCUUAAUGGACUCUUUUAAAUCUCCUUCUGAAGGACUAACAAACAUGUUCUUAGCAAAAAGUUCAUGAUUUUAAAUAAUUCUUUGAAUUAUAUAAUUUAGACUUAAUUAAAAGUCAUUCUUAAGUUUUUUUUUAAUAUAUAUAUUUUUUAAUAUAUAUAAAUAAAUAUAUAUCUCACGCACAGUCA